AUGAGGCUGUAUGUGAUCAUUCCACUGUGUGCUCUGCUCACCGUCACCAAGCAGGAGCAUACGGAGUGUACAUGCGAGCUGAAUAACUCAGAGAGAAUAUUCCCCCAUGAAAAACUCAGAAAAGUUGAAAGCAGUACAUCAGACUGCAAAAGCAACAUCAUCCCACAGAAGUCUGUGGAGCUGAAGAGUCUACUGCAGGGGUUGGAGCAACGUCUUACCCAGCUGAGCAAUGAUGUGCUGAUCCUGGAAAAGGAGGAUGACAGAGGGCUGUAUGGAGUUCUCAGCCUGUAUCUUAUAGAGAAUGAAAUGAAUGAGAUCAAGCAGCUGAUUGACAAGCUCGACAGCACCACCCAGGAACACCAGAUCCUCGCUGCUAGCGCCACUCGCCAGCUGGAGAUCAUGAAAACAGAAAUGAAAGCGCUGGAGAAGUUCGACACCAUGCAGGUGAUAAAGGGACGACAAACCAUCGAGGUUCUGAGGACAGACCUGGACAGUUGCAAAAAGGAAGUGAAGGCACUCACCCAGCGUCCACAGCUUCCACAGGGUGAUUUCCCCAUCACACUGCUUCUUCUCCUUUCACUUCUUUUUCUGCCAGGAAAUGUCUAUAUCCACACCUCUAACCCAACUACCAACACCAUCCAGGGUCCAAAUAAUGUUCUGUAUGGAGGGGCUUUGUAUUACAACUGUUACAACCGAGAUGCUGUUUGUCGUUUCGACCUCACCACCAAACACAUUACUACCUUAGAACUACACCAAGGCACUAGAUAUAACUCAAAGGCUAACUUCUGCCACCUUGAGGAGUGUUACCCAUACACUGAUCUGGAUCUUGCAACGGAUGAAUCUGGUGUCUGGGUGGUCUUCACCACCUCCCUGGACUUUGGCAACAUGAUCCUGUCCAAGGUGGAGGAGGGUGAACCACCUGCACUUGGAAAGACCUGGCAAACGUCAGUGUACAAGCAAGCGGUGACCAACACCUUCAUGGCCUGCGGCGUUCUCUACGCCACACGUUACGUCAACCAAGAGCUCGAGGAGAUCUUUUACUCAUUCAAUACCGUGACGGGGAAGGAGCGGUUCAACCUAGGCAUCUUCAUCAGCAAGAUUUCUCCCAACAUUCAAGCCCUGAACUACAGCCCUGUGGACCAGACACUACAUGUCUACUCUGACUCCAACAUGGUUUACUAUAAAGUGAUUUUAGAGUAA